UCCUUUGAACUCUUUUGACCGUUGCUCUCUCAUUCUCUCUCUCUCUCUCUCUCUUUGAUUAAGCUUCUGUUCUUCAUCUCGUCUGAGAAAAUCUAGGUUUUUUCUGCAUUUGAGAAGUAAUUGAGAAGGUGUCAAGGAGGAGGAACACAUCUCCUCAAACAUUACCGUAAAAUCCUAUGAAUUUGGUGAAGCAUCAGUUGUUGUUCCCUUGUGAUUCGGGUUUUGAUUCGAGUCUGAAGAAUUCAUUGAGUGGGUUUCAAAACUAUGGGAUGUUCUGCUUCGAGACUGGAAGAUGAGGAAGCUGUUCGGCUGUGCAAGGAUCGACGGAAUUUCAUCAAACAAGCGGUCGAGCAGAGAAUUCGGUUCGCCAUCGGGCACACUGCUUACAUUGAUUGUCUCAGGCGAGUUUCAUUAGCUCUCCGGAAUUACAUUGAUGGAGAUGAACAUCAUGAAUUCUUCCUGGAUUCAUACACCACUCACCAUUCACUCCCUGUGAAAAGAUUAAGCCCAGAAGUCUCAGGAAUUCCAUUGAAGCCGAUCUCACAAACUCCAAAUCAACAUGUGGAAACCACUGUCCAUGUUAUGAGGUACUUAAGACCUUCUGGUAAUCAAUCUGUUUCUGUUGAGGAAUGGCCUCCUCAAUCCCCAGAAACUGUGAGAAUUGAUUCUUACUACCCUAUGGAUCAUUAUGGAAUUGAUAGUUUCUUCGCGACACAGGCUUCGCCUAUGCACUCUUCAUCAUCCUACAACAACAACAACAACAGACCGAGCUAUCCACCUCCUUCGCCUCAAAAUUCGCAGUGGGAUUAUUUCUGGAACCCUUUCUCAUCACUUGAUUCAUAUGGUUACCCUUCGAGGUACAGUCUUGAUCGUAUCAUCAGCGACGAUGACACGGCUGGGUUAAGGCAGGUACGAGAAGAGGAAGGAAUUCCCGAACUAGAAGAAGAUGUGGAUGAGGAAUGUAGAGAACCACAAGCUGGAAAUAAGAGAUUGAAAUCACAAGAACCAGCUGAAAGGAUUAAAACCGAGACAAAGCAUGAAGUGAAGGAAUUUGCUCCUCAGGGGGCUGGGAGUGUUGAAGUUUCAGAACCACGCAAUGCGGUGGAACUUGAGGUCAGUAAUGUGCAGCAAGUUGUAGGAAAUAGAGAAUCCGAGGAGCAAACCCCUGGUUUUACUGUCUUUGUGAAUAGAAGACCGACAAGCAUGCCUCAAGUCUUGAGGGACAUCGAAAGCCAGUUUGCGCGGAUCUGUGAUUGUGCUCAUGAGAUUUCAGUGAUGCUGGAAGCAACCAGAGCUCAAUACUCAUCUUCAUCAAUAUACUCUGAUCAUGCAGUGAGAAUGUUGAACCCGGUCGCCUUAUUCCGCUCAGCGUCUUCGCGUUCAUCAUCUUCUAGAUUCUUACAAGUAGCAACAAGCUCAAAAGACGACGGCGAUGAAACUGGCAGUGAUUAUUCUGAAGAAUCAUGCAUGAUAUCCGGCAGCCAUCAAUCCACAUUGGAAAGACUCUAUGCAUGGGAGAAGAAGCUGUAUGAUGAAGUAAAGUGUGGAGAAAGAAUAAGAAUAGCAUAUGAGAAGAAGUGCAUUCAACUGAGAAACCAAGAUGUGAAUGGUGAUGAGCCUGGUGCAGUAGAUAGAACAAGAGCUGCAAUCAGAGACCUUCACACUCGUUUGAAGGUUUCAAUGCAUACUGUUGAAUCAGUUUCCAUGAGAAUUGAAAAGUUGAGGGAUGAAGAACUUCAUCCUCAACUCUUGGAGUUGCUUCAAGGGUUAGCGAAGAUGUGGCGAUCAAUGGCAGACUGCCACGUAAUUCAGAAAAACGCGAUAGAGGGAGCCAAGACCCUCCUAUCCUCCACCGCCGCCGCAGCGCCGCCAAAACCGCUGGACUUUCCGAUGUCGACGCCGGCCCGGCCCUCCCGCGCCGCCGCCGCGCUGGAGUCGGAGCUCAGGACAUGGCGUUCCACCUUUGAAUCCUGGAUCCAUGCCCAGCGCUCUUACGCACGCGCUCUUGCCUCUUGGAUCAGCCGCUGCGCCGGCCCACCGCCACCUUCAUCGUCUCCACCUCCGGCUGCCGCCGUUGCGCCGCCGUCGUACGGGCUCUGCGUCCGGUGGUCCCGGCUCCUCGACUCGCUGAACGAGGCGCAGGUGAUCGAUGGGUUGGAUUUCUUCGCGGCAGGGAUCGCGUCCGUGUCGGGUGGCAAAGGUGACGAGGAGGCGGCGGCGGCGAUGACGGUUGAGAUCGCCGGCAGGGUUCUAUGGGCGGGGAUGUCGGUGGCCGUUGGAUCGUUGACAGAGUUUGCAUCGGGAUCAGCGCAUGGAUACGAUGAGCUUAUCAAGAAGUGCUUGGACGGUGGCAGUGUAAGCCAAAGGGUUGAUGAUGAUGAUGAUGAUGAUGAUGAUGAUGAUAGAGUGGCAGAUUCGUAAUUUUGGUAGUAGUGGUGGUGGUGGUGGCAUGGAUAUGUAAUUAAUAAGAAAAACGGUGGCAGACCACGUAAAUAGCCACCACUUUUUAGAUGAUAAAUUAAUUUAAAUUAAUUAGAAAAAUUAAUCCUAGCUCUCUUUCUUUGGUGUCUGGAUUAGAAGAAAAUCUAUUAAAAAAA